GCUGUGGGGUUUAGUCUGGGAAGGGGUGGAGACAGAGAAAUGGGGAGAGAGAGAGUGCAUGAAGAGAGGUGGGACAGACCCCCGCUUCCCCUCUUCUUCACACACACACACACACACACACACACACACACACACACAUGCACACACACACACACACACACACACACACACACACACACACACACACACACACACACACACACACACACACACACACACACACACACACACACACACACAUUUACACUUGCACGCUCACGUAAAUGCACCCAGCUCUUCAAAGCCGACUGGUUUUAAUGGACAUCCAAUUAGACGGAGACAUCUGGGGAGCUGCUGCAGCAGAUAAAUAAGGUGAAAGGAAAAGACAAGAUUCAGUCACUCCAGCGAGACCUCUGAUAACUGGGGAGAGGACCGGUGAUAGAGGCAGAGGAAAAAGAGGGUGGGGGCCAAAGGAAAAGGAGCCACACACACACAGACACACUCACACACAGGAGGAAAGAGGAGAGGCAACGCACUGCUCCAGCAUUCAGACUCUGAGAGGCAAGGACAGAGGACAGAUGAGAUCAGCUCAGUGACAGGGCACAACGAGAGAGGGGAGAAAGACGAGACCUGGGGGGCUCGAUUACACUCUCAAGUAACUUCAAGCUGCCUGGCACACAACACGAGGAACAAAAGAAGACAGAAGAGAAGGAAAUCUGGAUUCUGUCUUUUUUAUGACUUGCAUUCCUUGGAUUUGUUUGGACAUUUCACCAGAAGCAUCCCUUCUCGUUCCUUUUGGCUUUUUGCUGCUUAUUCUUUUUUCUGUAUUAAGCACUUUGGCAUGGUUUCCUUUUUUGGACACAGAUUGAAUGUGUGUGUGUGAAGUUUGUGUCAUGUUUGAAUGAAGUGUGAAGGAUUCGGAGUGUCUUUGAGUAAGGACGAGGUCCUCGGUAGUUCUUGCUGAGCGAUAAUCUGAGUUAUGGAUGUUGAUGCAUUCCUGUGGUGCUUCUGAGGAGUAACGAUCUCAAAAGACAGCAGAAAAGUUUGAGUUUUUCCACGUCUCUGUUCAUGGAACCGUAAAUCUGCUCCUGAAAGUCCUGCUCCGAUCUGCUGUGGUCACAUCGUCUUCACCUUAGUUGUCCCACAGGUCUGAACACCUACGGUCCCAGUGAGGUUGUGGGUUCCCAGAAGGUGGAGGUUUUGUGGGUCAGGGGGAAGUUUCUCCCACUCUCCUUCCUCUUCCCUGCACCCAGCUCAGCAUGCCCCAGCCCCUGAGCACCUCCACAGCUCUGCUAGCUCCACUACCAUGUGUAGAUGGACAGUGACACAAGGUGCACCGGUCGCCUGGUUCUCCUCCUUCCCCUGCAGCAGACCUCCCUCACUCUUCUUCUCCCUCAUCUUCCUCCUCCUGCUCCUCAUUUUCAAACCUUCCUCGCCCUCCCCUGUCUCAUCAGUGGACAUCGUAAGGGACCAUGCACCAGAGGGGGCCUCUCACCUCUCUGUCUCACCAUCUUCAUCCCCGGCGCCGCUCCGCGCAUCCUCUGCAAGGUUGCCACGAGCGACCAAUGAGUCAUCGUCAUCUGCAACGAUGGUGGGGCGCCACGCGCGAAGCAGCUAUGGACAUCUGCAAGGAGACGUGCGCAGGAGGCAGCUGUUCUCCUAUCACAAAUUUUUCCUUCGCAUUGGCCAGGACGGGAAGGUCAAUGGCACCAAGAAUGGAGAGGAUCCAUACAGUUUUCUGGAGAUCAGAUCAGUGGAUGUGGGAGUGGUGGCCAUCAGGGGCUUCACCAGCAAUCACUACCUGGCCAUCAGGGAGAACGGCGUCCUGUAUGGAGCGAAGGAAUUUGGUCCUGACUGUCGUCUAAACGAGCGAAUCGAGGAGAACAAGUACAACACCUACUCUUCAGCUAAGUGGAAGGUCAAAAACCGCAGGCGCAUGUUUGUGGGACUGAACGCCAAAGGAAAGCCAAUGAAGGGAAAGAAGACACGGAGGAAAAACACAGUCACUCACUUCCUCCCCAUGGUGUUGAAGUAACAAUGAUGGGACGCAUCAACCACAGGGGAUGUCAGUGAUGGAUACAUGGGACGGAUCUGAAACCGAUCUGUAAAAUGCACUGAGGAGGCUAAGAAAUUAAAUCUAUAGACUUUUAACUACUUUUGGAUUUAGACAUUUGUAUUUUAAAGAAAAAUAUAUCAGUAUAAAAUGUAUAUAUUUUCUGUUCUAAGUUAUAAAGUUAACUGGCACAGUAAAACACAAAAAGGGAAACAACUUCUGUGCCAAAAUGUGACCUAGUAGCUCACAUUUCGAUAUGUGUGAAGUGCAUGAGCAAGGAGAUCAAAAGAACAUGGACAAAAGCAUUUAAGAGAAGAGAGGAAAGUGGACGAAUGUCAUCAGAAAACUGAGAGAAGGGGGUGAAAAAGUACAAGUGAGUAAAAACUGUAAUAAAAGAACAUAGUUUAAUAAAGAAAGCACCAACACAAAUCUAA